AUGUUGGCUGUCGCGGCUGCUGGACCAAAGCUCCCAUCUGGGACCGACUUCUGCCUCCGGAUCGCAUACGGGUUGCUUUCCCUGCAUAUGCCGGCAACUGCUCCGCACGGCUCGGCGACUGCAUCCCAAUACAGCACAUACAUACAAUACACCAAGCGCCUCUCUAUCCCCCGCGAUCACGACAUGGCUGCUCGACCUAUUGGCUUGAGUGCAGCACUCGUCACCAAAAACAGUCUCGGACAAUUUCCCGUACCCCCAGGCCUCUCGAGCCUACGGUCCGCUCCUAAGCACUACGGACCGUGGGGCGUGUGCCUACUCGUACCUGUCUUGGAGCAAGGCACGCUUAUGCUUACAGGAGCGACUGAAGCGCUCCAACGCUCGGCAUCCAGCGCGGAUCCCUCGCCGCCCUAG